AUGAAGUAAAGAGUUAUGGAUAUUUAAUUCAUUCUUUAAUCGAAAUAGGUUGAUUCUAUUGAUGAUUUCAGUAUCAGUAUUAAAGAGUAUAGAAUAGAACCUGCUAAAGUCAAAUAAUUGAUUUCUAUUUAAGUGAUUAUGCAGUAAACAAUAUCUAAGGUUUGUAUAAAUAAAGACCAAUUACUACUCCUUUUAUUUAGAGAAUCACUUAUCAAAAAUUCUUAGCUGAAAUCUAGAUAACAUUAUAAAUAACUUAAUGACAAAGUUUAAGCUAUGUUUACCCAAGCUAGUAUAAUUGAUUAAUUUGUGCUUGAUUUAAUCACCCAAAUGCUUAUUGUAAAUGAGGAAUAAAAGAAGUAUCAAUAAAUUAACUAAAAAGACUGUGUGAAUUCCAACAAAUAUGUAUACUAAGAAGGAGGAAUCUUGCAGAUUAGUAUUAUUAAAGUUAAAAUAUGA